CCACGUGUGUUUUCUCGUAUAUCAGCUGGUUUGUGUUUCUAAACCGCGUAUCAUUAUUAUUAUUUAAUCUUUCAGGCUGUAAUUAUUGAUGAUUGUUUAUUGUCGCGUUAUUUUAACUCCAGGAUCUGAUCGGUGAGAUUUAUUUCCUCUCUUCAGCUGCAGGCCGAGACGUUUGGGGCGGGGACCAUGUCCGAGGCGAGCGCAGAGGGGUGGAAGAGGAGCCGGAAGCACUACGGAGGGGGGCGUCCCAAACGGCCGAGGGGCGGCAGAGAGCUGGAGGCGGGCAUGCAGGGCAUCCUCAUCACCUGUAACAUGAACGAGCGCAAGUGCACGGGCGAGGCGUACAGUCUCCUGAACGAGUACGCCGACCUGCUGUACGGCCCCGAACAGCCGGCGGAUCCUGAGGGGGGUGGCAGCGAGGCCGAGGAGGAGCAGGACGACGCCGAGGAGGCCCUGAAGAAGGAGGUGGAGCAGAUCCGGGCGUCGACGGAGGGGCGACGGAGGCGCUUCACGGCGCUGGAGAGCGGCGCCAACAACGUGGUGUUCAUCCGGACGCGCGGCGUCGAGCCGGACCGCCUGGUCCACCACGUCCUGCAGGACCUGUACACCGCCCGCCGGCUGAAGUCGCGCGCCGUCCUGCGCAUGCUGCCCGUGGGCGGCUCCUGCCGGGCGUUCCCCGAGGACAUGACCCGGUACCUGGAGACCUUCCUGCAGCCCUGGUUCCAGGCGCCCCGGCGGGCCACCUACCAGAUCUGCUUCAAGUCGCGCAACAGCAGCCACAGCAAGCGGGACGACGUCAUCAAGAGCGUCGCCGGUCUGGUGAGCAAGCUGAACCCGGAGAACAAGGUGGACCUGACCGACCCGGAGCUCAGCAUCAUCGUGGAGGUGAUCAAGUCCGUGUGCUGCGUCGCCGUGGUCCGGGACUACACCCGCUUCAGGAAGUACAACCUGCAGGAGGCGCUGAAGGGCCCGGCCGAGCCCGAGCAGAGGCAGCGAGAACAGAAGGAUCCGGCCAAUCAGGAGCAAGAGCAGCCGGAGGGAAAGAACGGAGCCGAUCAGACGGAAGAGCCGAACGAGGGCGGCGAGCAGGUGAAAGAGGCGGAGCAAGAAUGAUCCACAGCUACACCUGGAACCUGGAGGAUCCACAGCUGUUCCUCGUCUCUCCUGAUCUUCCACCCCAGAGACUCUGAAGUGCAGAACUUUGUUUUAUUUGUAACAUUUUGUAGGAAUUUGUGACGUUUUUUCGGUGGAACGUUUUUACGGUUUGUGUUCGUUUCCGGUCGUUCCGAAUAAAGUCGAGCGUCUGAA